GUGUGGCUCACCUUUCUGCAGAGAUGUACAAAGCUGCUUUAGUCUCUCUGGCCAUUUUAUUUGGUCUGUGUAAUGGACAGGGUCUUAAUGUGCUGUCCUUUAACGUGAGACAGUUUGGAAGAUCCAAGUAUUCUGAUCAAGAGGUGGUUAAUACACUUAUCGAGAUAGUGAGAGGCUAUGAUCUUAUUCUAAUCAUUGAGCUGGUUGAUGUCAGUCAGACAGUUCUUCCUGGGUUUGCAUCACAAUUGAACGAGGCUGUUGCUAGCUCUGGGAUACGAUAUAAUUACUCAGUUAGUGAAAGAGUUGGAAGAAGCCAUGUUAAGGAGCAAUAUGUCUUCCUUUAUAAGACCAGUGAGAUACAAAUCUUAGACAGUUAUCAAUAUCCUGACAACAGUGACAUGUUUGAGAGACCGCCUUACUCUGUUCUAGUCAGGACUCUAAAUAGAAAUCAUGGAAAUAUACCACCAUUCUUCCUAAUCGCCAGUCACACAAAGCCAACAGAUGCUCCAGAAGAAAUCAAUCAUCUUGAUAACGUCUUUGAAGCAACUAGCUCUGCAUUCUCAACUAGUAAUGGAGCCAUAUUAGGUGACCUGAAUGCAGGCUGCAGCUAUUUAUCACGAACAAGAUACAAUACGCUUGAUUUGGUGGUCAAUACUAGCUUCACCUGGUGGAUAGGCUAUGAUACUGAUACUACAACCGGAACAACCAACUGUGCUUAUGACAGAAUAAUCACUUGGUCAUCAUUGACUCCUUAUAUAGUCAAUGGAAGUGCUAGUGUGGUACUGUUUGACAAUCAAUAUCAGCUAUCAUCUCAACAAACAGCAGCAGUUAGUGACCAUUAUCCAAUUAGUAUUAGUCUAAAAGGAGAAGUUGCUGACAGUGCUUUCACAGUCAAUUCCGCACCGUUGCUAGUUAUUGUUCUUGUGCUAAUUGGAGCAUUGUUACUGUACUGAUGUGAUUGCAACAGAAUCUAUGAGAGGGGAAUGUGUUGGAGUGUUUUAUAAUACUUUAAAUUGUGAAGUCUGAAUUUUUUAUUUUGUUAUUAAAAAACUAUUGAUUUUGUUCAUGUAUUUCUAUAAUAACUUUAACCAUGCAUAUUUUUAUUAUUUUUCAAUUUUGUUAGCUUGAGUGUUGUUACAUGCAUAAUAUUGCUGUGAUCUGUUAAGCUACCAAUGG